AUGCACGAGCGCCGAUUGCAGCCUUCGAAUGUUAUACUGCACAAGAAGCUCAGCUACGACUUCAAGUGUGGGCCAGCUGUCAAAUUAGCCAAGACCACACGGCAGCAGCGCGUGCAAGUCAAGGUUGAUCCCAAGGUCUGGACCCGAGAUGACACAACAGCCAGCGUGGUCUUAGUCUUGGCAUUCGGCUAUGCUGCUCUAGGCAACGCCGCGUGGCGCUUGGUCGAUUCCGCUGAGGCCGUCCUAAGUAGAAUGUCGUUGGAGGAGGAGCAGCUGUUGGAAAGUGUGGCCUUGGCCUUGCGUGAACUUGCAUUGUGGCAAGAAUAUAUACGAGAUGUACAGGCAGCGCACGUAGACACUGUCGGGGCCGUCGGCAUGGUCACAGAGGCUCAGGAUCAACUUCUGGGUCUGAUGAGCGAUCCUGGCUUGAGUGCUGCGGCCAAAGAAGCUUAUGAGUCCUUCCGGGGUGAGCAAGCGACGUCUCACAGCCGGGGGCUGAGUACCGAACAUGGUGCUACUGUGUCCAGAAACUUGGCGGGCUUCCCGAAGUUGGAUGUCUCUACGCCACUGAACGACACUGAGCCCUCUCGGCGAGUGUGGCAAGCCAUGUCACGGGUGAUUUGCAAACUUUUCGCAGAACUGCAGGAAAUCUUCAAGCCAGUUGCUCUCAUCCAGGCAGACCCCGAAGAGGAAGCGAUGCUGCAACUUCUUGUUCCUGUUAUGCAGGAGCUGCAUGCCUGGUUGGGAUUUCUGAAAGGUGUGCUCAAAGUGCCCCACGUUCGUUCAGCCGAUGCAGUUCAAAUGGUUUCAGAUGCCCGGGACGUGGCUUGGUCUGAGGCAGAGCUUCUGAUGGAACAAGAUCUCAGCAAUGCAGCGAGGGUUCUUGUUGAGGGCUCCAAGCCUGGACCCGUGUCGCGCACGCUCAGCGGCUUCCCAGCUUUGGCAAUUCCCUCUUGCUUUGCGGAGGCUGGGGCGAUGAGUGUGGAUCAGAAGGCGUCCCGCCUAAUCUCGCGCUUGCUUUGCACCUUGUUUCUGAAGUUGCGCGAGAUGUACUCGCCCGUCAUCGUCAUCCAAGCGGAACCUGGAGAGGAGAGCGUGCUUGAAUUCCUCGCCAAAGUAAUGCGUGGCCUUGAGGGAUGGCUGCAUUGGCUGCUCCAGUUGCAGCGGAUGGACUUCAAGGGCUUAAAGAGAGCCCGACCUGCAGUUUUCCGUCGGCUGGUUGAAGAGACCUGGCAAAGAAUCCGAUCAAAGAUGCAGACGUGGAUGGAGCCCAACUGCACCAAUGCCGCCAAGAUGGUUCUCAGCGAUCACUUCCGAAGCUGGGAAGCCCGCCGUGAGCAUCCAGCGCCCGGAUGUGGAACGCCAGUCUCAGAGACCUUGAGUGACUUUCCCCUGCUGGAAGCACCCAGCUUCCUCAGACAAUCGAGAACUGCCUUGGAGCAAGUGCAGGAAGCCAUUUCCGAAGAAGUUUGUGCAUUCUUCCUGAACAUUCGACAGGUGUGCCUGCCCGCUGUUGUAAUUAGACCUUUGCCAGAAGAAGAGGGCCUCCUGGACUACGUGAGCCAAGUAUUGCAGGAGCUGGCCGCGUGGGCAGACCAACUGCCAAGGAUUGUUCGUGAGCUUGGCGUCGAGAGUGCGGAUCCGAUUGAUGCAGUUGACAUGGUGCUUCAAGCACAGCAACAUAUUUGGACACAGAUGCAGAAGGCCAUAGGGCACGAUUUCAGCAACGCUACCAAAGUGCUUCUGGAAGGGUGCCCCAAGCGACCAUCCGGACCUGUGCCGUUGACGUUAGACGGCUUUCCAGCGCUGGUGAUUCCCAGGUUUGGCGAAGGUGCAGCUACAGCGUCACCCCCGCUGAAGUUACAACACGCGGUUUCUCAAGAACUUUGCGAACUCUUCCUGAAACUACAAGACCUGUACAAGCCGGUCAGCAUCAUCCAGCCUUCUGAAGCGGAGGAAUGUUUGUUGGAAUCUGCGGUCCGAGCGCUGGAAGAGCUUGCGUGUUUCUCGACGCAUUUGCAAAGCAUGCUGGAAAUUGCCAGAAGAGAAGCUAGUAGAGGGAUCAGAUCACCUGAGACAGCUGCAGUUCCAUUCAACCUGGUACUCGGAACCCAGAAGCGUAUUUGGCGGGAGAUGGGGGAACGUGGCUGCAGCAAUGCCGCACGAGUCCUUUUUGCUGGGCGGGGCGAUUUCAUGACAAUUCAGCAGAAGCAAAUUCCAGGUACAAGUACAUGGACGACUUCACUCAGCGGUUUCCCGUUGGUGAUCUUUCCGCUUCCCGAGCAGCGCCAGAAAGCGGCGACUCUCUUGCAGCAAGAGAUGAAUGAGAUGAUGUCUUCGUGCGUACGCUCUCAACUUGGAGAUGCGGUGAGCUCCCUGGACAGGCUGUACAUGCAGGCUACGAUGCUUGAUGUCGUCGUCUGCAAGACUCUUCCAUCAGAUCCAUCGCAGCGAUACAAGAUCGAGGUGGACAAGGACACCCACGGGCUACAACCCAUGGACGACUUCGCCAUCGAUGGGCUCGAUGGCUGGAACCGGGUUCAAGCCCUGGGGUCUGUUAUCACCGCCUUCAAGGUGCGUGAACCGGGAAAAGGCGGCCAGCUCGUGCAUCGCCUGGCCUUUGGACCUGUGGCGCCAGCAGACACUGCCACGACCGGGAUGACAUUCAAUUUCCUCCAGCACGUGGAGUAUUUCAGCAAGGAAGCGGAGGAGGGUCUGCUGGCAAAGUUCCUGAAGUCAAACGGCAUGGAGUGCCCAGCUGACCCGGUUCAGCGUAAGGAGGUGAUCUUGAAGCUGUACACGGAGGCCGGGCCCGUGUACGGGGAGAUGAACAAAGCUUUGUACACUGAUGACGCGGAGGGGCUAAAGAAGUACGCGCCGUACAUUCGGGCUCUGCGUGACGUGUUCAGGAAGUCGCAAGACAACAAGCUUCCAGGUUUUCGAUUCUUCGGUGGCUUGGACGAAUCCGGUGUCGGCAAGUGUCUUACAAGACGCUGCCAGCUGGAUCUGGCGCAAGCCAAGAUCUACCAGGUUGGCCAGAAGGUUUGUUGGUCUGCCUUCAGCUCAACGUCUGAGGCGACCAAGGGAGGCAACGGAGGCUUUACUGGCUUGCUUUUUCGUGUACAUUGCAGCUUGGACCCAGAGCUGUCCACGGAAGAUAGCUACUAUCCUGCCUCCAUCCAGCAGUGGUCCAAGUUCCCCGACGAGAACGAAGUGUUGAUACCCCCGCACUACAUGCUCAGAGUCCACAACGUCAACUACAACGGGGAGCCAUCCAACCCAGACUACUGGCAGGUCGAGCUGGAGCUGGCUGACUUACCUCCUGUCUGGCGCAUGAUUGAGGUGAGGGACUGGUCUCAGUUCGAAGCCUGGGCUCAGGAGCAUCCUGACCUGGUGGACACCCGCAACUGCAGCAGGUCCAUCAUCAACGCCGUGGCGCGCAGCCUGGCAACGGCGUCUGACCCGGACGAGACAGGGGUCGACCCUCUUGAAGUUUGCUUCAAGUAUGGCUCUCAGCCAAACGAGCUGGACCUGCUGACGCUCAACACCCCCUUGGUCUCUGUAGCCGAGGCAUGCAAGGCCACUCAGGCCACUCGGGCCACGUUGCCCGAAGCCCUGAAAGCCAUCGAGUCGCUUCUCCAGGCAGGUGCCAGUCCCUACAUCCGUGCGGGCAAGGAGAAAAAAUCCUUUCAGGAGUUGAUGCCUGAACAGAAGCUGGACGUCAAUCAGGCGAUAGAGUGGCAGUACUGGGUGGAUGAUGGCAUUGACGGCAAGGCGGACGGAUGGUAUCCAUACAAACCGGAAGCGUCACCAAAGGUCGAGGCGGCCUUUCAACAAUGGCUCCACAGUGGACACGAGGGCAUGAGCCAGAUCCUGGGAGUGCAGAGCGGCGACUUCUCUUACGACGUCAAUUUCCUUCAGAUGCGGCAAGUGAACCUGAAAAGUAAGACGGUGCGCAAGAUCAGGAGGUCUCCACGACAGCCCUCUGAGCAGGAGAAGCUGCGUGCCUCCUCCAGCAAGGCGCUGAAACAGGAGCUGACCGCUUUGCAAAAGUUGCUGGAGGUGGUGGCACUUGACGGGCUCCGCGCAGCGACUGACGAGUUGCGGGGCUCUGACCCACAGGUCCUGGCGCAGCUGUCUCAGUUGGUGUCCAGCUUGGUCGAGAACGACGAGAAGCUGCCUGAGCUUGAGGAGCUGUUGGCACAAGUGCCGUCGGAGCAGGCCGACGGCAAGGUCACUUCUUGCAACCUCCGGAAGACGCGUGAUCUGCGCUGGGAGACCCGCGACACUCUCCCGGAAGUCCUUCGAGAGCUCCAUGACGAUCCCCACACGUCAAUUUCGGAGGAGCUCGCAGAGUUCGCUGACUCAGUUGUGACGAGCAUCAGUGUCUUUGACCGCGGCGGCGUCACUCACACAGGCUUCCGGGCAUCGCUCUCGUGGCAUGGAGAUGGAGCAAGUAGCACGGAUCUGGACAUGCACAUGACCUGCCCGCACUGUGAGACGAAGGUCUACUACAGUCAGAAGGCGUGCGGCUGCUCGCCGGAGAACCCGCGCCAACUCAAUCUGGACAUAGAUGACCAAGGGGGGCCAACGAGGCGGUCUGAAGAGAACUUGUACAUGCAACUGCCAGCGCCAGGCCGGUAUUCCCUUUCAAUUCAAUUGUUUUCAGGUCCGCCAGUGCCUUUCAAGAUUCAAGUCCACCGCACUGGGCAUCCCCUCACCGUCUACAAGCUGCAGCCUCACGCCGACACCUCUGAGGAUAAGCCCAUGAUGCACAUCUUCGAUGCCGUGGUAGAUGACCAGGGGAUUAUUGCCAAGCUGGACUCCGUUCAUGCCUUUGUGGAAAUACCCGAAAUACCGGCUGUCACCUCUGAAGAAGAGUCGCAGCCAAGUGCAGGCGCUGGCACGGAAGGAGGCUCAAAGCUAGGCGAGGAGUCUUUGGCCUCGGGGAUCCAGGCUGCUUUCUUGCUUCAUGCCUUUCCCAAGCUCGUGGUCGCAAAGGCCCCGAGAGGUCUGGGCUUCGGUGUUGAAGCUGAUGCCAUGCGGACUUUCAGAAAUCUGGGGGGAAAGUUGUUCCUCCCGUCUCCAGACGGUUGGGGUUCGAAGACAAGGUGCCCCAGGGAUGGGGAGAUGGGCUGCAGCUAUGUGGACACCCUGAAGAAGCCGCACCGUGGCAAGGCUACCCACUUUGUUUCUUGGUGCUGGAACUAUACCUUGAAGCAGGUGACGGGGGCGCUAGCCAAGCUCUGCCAGCCGUCCGACCAGUGCAUCGUGUAUUUCUGGAUGUGUUUCUUCUGCAACAACCAAUACAGAAUUGACAAGGAGAAGACUUCGUUUGAUGAGCUUCGUGCAACCUUCCAGGAUAAUCUUCAGCGCAUCGGCAAGAUGAUCAUCAUCAUGGAUGAUUAUAUUCAGCCGAAAUAUGUAACCCGCGUUUGGUGCAUAUAUGAGACAUUUCUGGCGAUUGAGCAGGGCCUUCCGCACGAGUUCACUCUGCCUGCGUCGGCACGUGACCAGUUGAAAGACAGAAUUGCCCAGGGAGAGAGCCUUCCAGCGCUCAAGAGUGGCUUUAAGUCCAUCGAUGCAGAGAAAGCUACUGCAGAGAAGAAGGAAGACAGGGAGAAGAUCAAGGAGCUCAUCAGGAAGGGUGUUGGAUUCGAGAAGGUGAACGAAAUCGUCUUUGCCGCGCUCCAGCCCCAGCUGAUAGCUGCCUUGAAACGCGUCGUCGAUGAGUUCAUGAUGGUCUCCGACGGCUGA